CAGGAAAGAGGUACGACUUGUCAGUUGGUUUUUAACAAACAGCAAUCUGUUUCCCUUUUAUUUGGCGUAUAUUUUGUCAUAACUACAACACCACAGCGAUAAGGAUUUAUUUGUGAUACCUCACCACAAUAGGAAGUGAAACUACAGCGGGGAGGACGUUGUUGAACCAGAGACACUUCCCUUCCUCCUGAACUGCCUGACCGGCUGAAACCUCGAUUGCCAUGGCAGCCAAUGGAGCAAAGUGUGAGCAGCCACAGAAACGGGCCGGAGCCAAAGGCAAACAGAAUGGCAAAGCAAUAGACUCUUCAGUUAGAGAGAGGCGACAGAGAGAUAAGGAGGAGCGCCUGUCUCUGGUGGUUUGGAGGAGGCCCGUCACCACAAUACAUUACUUCCUUCUGGAGACCCUCAUCAAGCUAAAGGAGUGGACGUUUCAGCUUUGGCAGCGACGAGGCCUGGUGUUCUUAGUUCUGGUGUUAUGUUCUCUGUUCUCCUUCGCCUACUCCACGGAAGGCUCACACCAACAAUGGGUCAACUACCUGGAGAAGAGGUUUCUAUGGUGUGCGUACUGGGUGGGCCUCGGGAUCCUGUCCUCAGUGGGCCUCGGGACCGGCCUGCACACGUUUCUGCUCUAUCUGGGUCCUCACAUAGCAUCAGUGACUCUGGCAGCGUACGAGUGCAGCUCCACAGACUUCCCAGAGCCUCCGUACCCGGACCAGAUCGUCUGUCCUCAGGGCGGGGGGCUGGAGGGAAGCAUCUCCCUCUUCUCCAUCAUGUCCAAGGUCCGCCUGGAGGCCUGCAUGUGGGGUGCAGGCACCGCCAUCGGAGAGCUGCCUCCGUACUUCAUGGCCCGAGCCGCUCGGCUGUCUGGAGCCGACCCAGAGGACGAAGACUACGAGGAGUUUGAGGAGAUGCUGGAGCAGGCCGAGGGCUCUCAGGGUUUGGUCACAAGAGCAAAACUGGGAGUUCAGCAUAUGGUGCAGAAAGUUGGAUUUUUCGGGAUCUUGGCUUGUGCCUCUAUCCCCAAUCCUCUGUUUGACCUUGCUGGAAUUACUUGCGGUCAUUUCAUGGUUCCCUUCUGGACCUUCUUUGGAGCCACUCUGAUUGGGAAAGCCGUCAUCAAGAUGCAUAUACAGAAACUUUUUGUUAUCAUUACCUUCAGCAGGCACAUAGUGGAGCAGAUGGUGUCACUCAUUGGGGCUGUGCCCAGAGUGGGGCCCUCGCUGCAGAAGCCCUUCAGUCAGUACCUGGAGGCCCAGAGGAACAAGCUGCACCACGCCGGAGGGAGCGCACCAGCGGAUGAGAACUGGCUGUCGUGGGUGUUUGAGAAGGUGGUGCUCGUCAUGGUCUGCUACUUCGUCUCCUCCAUCAUUAACUCCACGGCUCAGAGCUAUGCCAAGCGGCUGCAGCAGCAGAGGCACUCAGAGGAGAAGACCAAGUGAUGACGAGUCAACAACAACAACAACAACAACAACAACAGAAGGAGCGCUGCAAACAUCCAAGUGACUGUGUUUGUUUCUGCUGCUGCCUCCCCUCGGCCACAGCCACUCACAACUUAACAACAAACCUCACCCCCCCCUCCCCCUCCCCCAUCCAUUCUCAGAGGCUGACCACUGAAAAACAAGCACUUUGUGUCGGUUUGUGUGAGUGUGUAUGUGUGUGUGUGUCGGUGUGCGCUUUUGAGGAUGUCCCUCUUCAGGUUUUGUAGUUCUUCCUCUCAUCUCACUCUAGGUUUUUCUUGUAGGCGAUUGGUCUGGUGUUACUUUGAAUUAACCCUUUGUUGACCUCAGCAGUAAAGCAGCAGCAGCGGUUGGGUGGGGGCUGUGUGUGUGCAGCGCCCAUCAGAUGCCUUAUGCAAGACGGGAGCGCCUGACUUCCCUUUGAAUAUAGUUCUUUACUCAUUAACUUGAUUUUUAUUUAAUUUUUGUAACAUUUACUUUUUUCAGCGUUAAAUUAUCCUCAUGUUUCUGUCCGGUUUAAAAGAAAAAAAAAAAAAAAAGUGAGACCAAUUUGUCUUUUAAAAUGUUGGAGGGAAAAAAUAGCAAUAUCAACUUAAAGCAGUGUGGUAUUGAUGGUUUGCACAUUGUGUAAAUAUCUUAAUAUCUUUUUUUGACGGUAUGCGCAGAUGUAUUUCUAUUCUGAUGGUCUGUGUGGAAAACAAAAAAGAAGUGAUAUCAUUUGUAAAAGUGACAUUGUACUCUGAGCUAACUAGUCCCAUUUCUAUUCUGUACAUUUAGGUUGAUUCAGAUCAUAUAUAAAACGUGUAAAUCAUUGCA